AUAGAAAAUAUAAAAAAUUAUUUUGUACAAUGAAUAUUUUGCAAAAUUCGCAACGGGCAGCGUAUUCUAUACGCUCUUUGCGGUCAGCUUCUACGCAGGCGGCCCAAGCUUUUCAGGUGGCUGAAAAUGUGACCACAGAGGCGAGACCCUACAGUGAAAUUCCGCGUCCCGGAAAAUUGGAAUUUAUACGAGCUUUCAUGCCGGGCGGCGAGUUUCAUAAUGCAUCUAUAGUUGAUUUUGCAGCGGCAAUGAGAAAACGUUAUGGCGAUAUCUUUAUAAUGCCGGGAGUAUUUGGUAGAACGGAUUGGGUCACCACCUUCAGUCCCCAGGAUAUGGCCAUGGUUUUUCGCAAUGAGGGAAAUUGGCCCAAGAGAGAGACCUUUGCUUCCCUCACCUACUUUCGUACACACAAAAGGCCCGAUGUUUAUGGCGAUAUGCUGGGUCUAGUAUCUGCUCAAUCAGAGAAUUGGGGCAAAAUGCGAUCAGCCCUCAAUCCGAUCUUUAUGCAACCCAAGGGUUUGAAAUCUUACUACGAACCGCUUUCCGACAUAAACAAUGAGUUUAUUGAACGCAUUAAAGAAGUAAGAGAUUCCAAAACCCUCGAGGUUCCCGAAAACUUCAUGGAGGAGAUUAGCCGCCUGAUCUUUGAUUCCCUAAGUCUGGUGGCCUUCGAUAGGCAAAUGGGUCUCCUCCGAAAGAAUCGAGAUAAUCCCGAUGCCCUGAAAUUGUUCAAACAAUCAAAGCAGGCCCUGAGGUAUGUCUUUGAGUUGGAUGUCCAGCCUUCGAUGUGGAAGGUUUUCCCAACACCGACAUACAGGAAAAUGAUGCGAUUGCUGGACGAGAGCUUAACCGUGGCUCAGAAAUUGCUCAAGGAAACCCAGGACACGCUGGAAAAGCGUCGCCUGGCUGGUGAAACAAUCAAUAGUAACAGUAUGCUGGAAAGGAUGAUGGAGGUGGAUACAAAACUGGCAGUGAUCAUGAGUCUAGACAUUCUAUUUGCGGGAAUCGAUGCUACAUCCAAUCUUCUCUCGGCUGUGCUUCUCUGUUUGGCCAAAAAUCCAGAGAAGCAGGCAAAGUUACGUAAGGAACUGCUAAAGAUUAUGCCCACAAAGGAUACAGCUUUGAAUGAGGAGAGCAUGAAGGAUAUGCCUUACCUGAGGGCCGUGAUUAAGGAGGCCCUGCGUUACUAUCCCAAUGGCUUGGGUAACAUGCGGGAGUGUCCCACGGAUGUGACCCUAUCGGGAUAUAAUGUGCCCAAGAACACCACCAUUGUCCUUGGUUCAAAUAUUCUCUUCCAGGACAACAGCUACUAUCCGCAGGCUGACAAGUUCCUGCCGGAACGAUGGCUCCGAGAUGCUGAAACUGGCAAGAAGACGCCAAUGAAUGCCUUCACCUAUCUGCCCUUUGGUUUUGGUCCACGAAUGUGCAUUGGCAAGAGGUUAGUGGACCUCGAGGUCGAGACGAGUGUGGCCAAGGUGAUCAGGAACUUCCAGGUGGAGUUCAAUUACGAUGCCAGUCGUCCCUACAAAACAUUCUUCAUCAUGGAAGCCGCCAUACCAUUCCGAUUCAAGUUCACUGACUUAGAUUACUAAAAAUUAAAUGAAAAUUGGCUGAUGAAAUGUGUUUAAUGAUUUUCUCACACGAUAAGAUUGGUUUAAAGUAGCACAUUGUUUAAUUUCCACCACACGCGACGGUGUGUUAUCUCUAUCAGGUUCCUCUUGAAAUUGCUUUUUAAUUGGAAGACCCAAAGCCAAAAGCCGAACAACAUUUAAACGGCCCAGCGGCGGCUCUGGUAAUGUGUUUCGGUGGUUUUCGGUGGGUGUUUUGUUGGUCAGGUGUGCGCUAAUUUUGGGCCAAUUGGAAAAUGCAAAUUUAAUUAGCGGCUAAUGUCGUAAAACAGCCGUAAAAUUGAAAAUUAAGCAGCAAAUCAAUGGGGGCUGCGUAUUGCUUCUAUUUUACUUUUCUGGCUU